GGACGGUUCGCCAUUCAUGUUGCAAGCAGUGAUGACCCAUGCAGUGCGCAAAUAAUGAAGAGCCGUGAGGACGCUUUGCUCUUCUCUGUACACUACACAUCUGAUAGAUUUGUUCACUGGUCUCUGAACGCAGGAUUCUUCGUAAAUGCUUACAGAGACAUCUGGUGUCGACACUACGCACAACAGGGUUCACCGUGAUUUCCUUUUGAGGCGCUUGUUCUCAAACACGGAAAGUAUGCGUACCACACGGCAUUGCUCUGUUGACAAAUCCACAAUUAUUAUCUCCCUGCUCCACCUUCGUGAGGCCUUCUGCGCAGGGACACACUAACCUAGGAAACCCAAGUCACUCUUGACACGAGAGCACUGCAGCGCAUUACUCAGCCUCUCUGUGCGGAAAAAAGGGGCAACAAGUUCUAAAAUCGGGUGGCUUCCCUAGAAAGCGUGUCUUUAUAAGUUGCUGCAGUUUAAUUCGAACGCUUUCCCACUUGGUGGUCACACCACUGCCUCCCGACGAGCCGGCCUCGCUUCGGUGACAAGGCUGGGGCGACUGAAAAAAACUCAUGUUCCCGCGACUUGUACGCCGCUCUUUCAGCCUACCAGCUUCCACUGUUUACACUUGCCCGCUGCUCCAACACGUUCAGCUUCUCCUUUCCUAAUUGACACGUAGCGAGUCCUUCUGCGAACUUCUGCGUUUGUUUUCCUUCGACGUUACCUCUUCUGUGGCUGAAUCGCUUGCCUUGUCUCGCAAAACGGUCGUUCCCAGAAAACGCGUCCGCGGUCAUAAACCCUUCCUACUCACGGCUUCGUAUUAAUCCACGCACGAAAGUGUCACACGUGACAAGCGGAGCAACGCCUUCCUGAAGGUAAGAGUUGUUUUCAAAGCAACCCGAGACCAUUUGCUUCCACAUCUGCGUCGUGCAAGGUCCUGCCAACUCGAAACUGUUUCCGCUUACCGCUGGCUCCUCAUUUCGUCAAUCGCAAGGACGGAACCCGGUUGAGGUAGGCCGUGGGGGUGGCGCGCAGGGUCCGAACGUGACUCGAACCGCCCACGGCCUUUAGCCGCCAAAAAUGCUGAGCCACGACAGAGCACCGCGUGCCGUUCGAACUGAGUCCAGACGGCGGAAAAAACGCAAACAUGACCGGACGAAGUUGUGCGAUUCUCACUUUCUUCCAGGUCUUUUUCGGUCUACCCAGUUUCUUGUGUUGUUCAGUUCGUGUUUCUUUUGUAACUCGACGCACCGGUGGGCAGUCCUGCGUGCAGCCUCUAGCACCGGCGCCCGCGCUCUUUUUUUGACGUCGAUUUCUGACUAGACGCUGCUGGUAUAACUACCGCAGACUCGACCCCUCGGGCGUAACCGUCCAACGGCUCUCGCUUUCUAAAGCAAGAGUAAAGGCCUCUCCGCGCGGUUUUCCCUGUCGAUUCACCUUCAAACCAUUUGUUAGAAAGCGAGUGUUUCCUCAAAUACAGCUCAGCCCUUGCCCGGUGGCCGCUCACAGUGAACGUUUUGAGGGGCGUUCUAGUCCAGUGACUAUACGGACGACGGCACACAAUGCGCGGCAGCGCUGGGUAUUCCCGGAAGCGGAUUUGUCUCUUGAUUUGAAGGUUUUCUGUUCAUGAGGUAUAGGGCUGUACGUUACGCGUGCUGUGCUCUGUCCAAUGUGGCGUUGUCCCAGAAAUUUCGCAGGUGCUUCCGAUACACAAUGUACACCUAGAUGACCUGCAGCUGUCUCUCGUCUCCGGGCUGUGCGCUUGUCCGGACUACGGCGGAUUCUAAAUGUGCCACUCAUACCCGCCUUUCGGCUUUAAUUUCCGCAUUUUACUCAUCUGAACGCUGUAUUUGCCAGUGUUGCGCCGGAAAUGGCGCCACUUCCUUUCUCGCGCCUUCUGGCUUCUCGCGGCAGUCGAGGCUCCCGGAGAGAGUCCACAGAAACUCCUGCUUCAGAAACGCAUUCCUUCGCCGAAUCCCCCACAGGAGGGUGUGGACCUCGCAGGACCAGCCUCAGCAGCGAAGUAAGCGUUGACUUGCGUGAUUUUGAGUCAGCGCUGUCCGCUGUUGAAGAGCCGCCCUUCGAAUCCCCCCCUGACUCGAAACUGUCCAGUCAAUCUGUGUCAACUGACGCGAAAAAACAUUCGAGUUCUCGGUGCAUUGUGAGCCACGCGCCAUCUUCUUCAGAAGCACACAACCAGUUUUUGAGGAAGCGCAACGUUGAAUCGUCGGACUGCGUCGCAUGCCCGGCUCCGUCGAGCUCUACUGCGAAAAGAGCAGACGGCAUCACUGGCGACGAUCCCGGUCUCGCGUGCAGCGCUUCGCGCGGCUCUGCCAGGCUGCGUAAAAGUCGCUCGGUGGAAAUUGAACAUUCAAUUGCAAUCACUUGCGUCCAACGAGCCGCGUCGCUGUCGUUCACGACCGCCGCCUCGGGUGCCGCGCGCGCCCCCUGCACGACUGCCCCCCUGAAGUCUCGCGUGGUGACCCACGCCACUUCACCGUUGGCUUCGUCACGCAUCGGAAAAGGCGCUGAAAUUCGGUUCGACGAGGAGCGGGCGGAGAACAAUGUGUUGGAAACCUACCGUCGUGCUAGUCUCGCUGUAUGUCCACCGGGCAGCUGCGGUCCGACCGCUGAGCUCCCAGAAGAUCCUGGUGUCACAAAAAGGAAUUCAAAAGACGCAGUUUCCGGAGGUUCAAGAAACUUCAUGUGCAUGGUGAUUUCCCCGCCUACAUCUCCGCGGAUACCCGAAGUAAAACCUCCUGCGGGCGGUCAAACCGGGAAUCCGGCGCUGCAUGCCGGUCUGUCGGUUAUUGCUUGUGCCGUCGCGGAUUCCUCGCGGCACAACGACGGGCAAACUCAGUCAGACGUGGCCAAGCCAGCCGAGGCAGGUGCCGCUGCGCUCCAGACAACCACCGCUGUAGGACUUGCUUUGUCAGGAAGCUCGCUCAUCAGUGACGGACCGAUAAAGACAGCGAACAGCGACGAUUGCACCCGUUGCGCAACUGUACAAGAAUCGGUGUCAUCAGCGAACGCGACGAGCCUCGCGGAACGCGGUGGCGUAGUCCCCUGUUUGCCGAUAAGCACGAGCUGCGUCUCGGCUUCAAGUCUAGAAAGCAGCCGUGCGUUCUCUCCCUCGAUUCCGCUGUCGGCGCGUCGCGCGCCUCCCAUCCUGGCCAUCGCCUCCCCUCGUCAACGACCUUCCUCGUGCUUUCCCUUUCGCGCCGCGGGCGGCGGGAACAAGGACGCCCCUUCGAGCUGCACCCCGGCCCCAGUUGUCGUGACACUGGACGAGACGUACCUGCGACAGGAAGAGGCGACGCGCUCUUUCCAGACGGAAAGCGAAGGUAGGGGCGACCUGGCGCAUGUUUCGAGUGAAGACGAGGGCAAUGACGCGGCACACAGCGUCUCCUCCAUUGUCAUUUUCGAGUGUGACGACAGCGUAGGCAGUCCUUCCUCUCAGCGGUCUCCCGCGUCGCCUUGUUUUGCCGGAGCCGUUUCACCCCAGCACUCUCUCGCGUUCUGCGCUGGACACCCGGAAGAAAGCAAGACUCCGAGCGCCGAGAGCGCACCGCCUGAGGACGAGGAAGGCACUGGCGUGGAGGCGGAACUCGACGCUGGGCACGAGGACGCUGAAGUCGAGCAGCCGACGGUCGUCGCACACAUCGAGGUCAAGGAGUCUGGAGGAGUCUUCAAUGACGAGGUCUGUUCACAAGCUUCAGACACGCUCGAAGCGUCCACUUCGGGGGGGUCGCGAUCAGAGGCCAGCCACGGAUGCGAGACGGACGGGACCGGUUGUGACGCGCCUCCUUCGGUGGGUGUGACAGCUCCUGGAAACGCUCCGGAUUUCGCAGGCGAAGAGUCCAUCGCCAGCUCUCAAGAAUGUGAUACACCUGGUGAUGGCAUGCACGACGGCUCUGCGGCCCUGUCUGCCGCCUCGCGCUGUCCCGAGUGCUCGCUGCAUUUGCGGCCCCAGGAACUCGAGGACCAUCUCUUCGCGCAUGCACUCGAUGCUCUCCAGGCACGUGCUGCACGGCGAGAGCGCGGAACGAAGAGCCUGAAUCUCGUGGAAACCUGCGAUUCGUCUCAGAGGGGCACCCUACUGUUGCGUACUUCAGUGCCUCAAACGGAAACCAGCAGAAACGCCCGUGCAGCCUCCCGGAACCUACUGCCGUGCCUGCGCUCAACUCGUCAGGCAGUGGGAAGCAACGCGCGCCAGCCCUCUUCGCCACAGGCCAAUUCUUCUCGGCCGGCCACGGCGGCCGAGGGAGAAGCCGCCCGCUCACCAAAUCCUGACGCUGAGGCGCCAGAUACCUCUUCCGAGGCAGCAGAGUCGCAGAGGUCGGUUUCUCAAGAGACCGUCGUGCAACCUGCGAGUGCUGGGACAGCGCGGCCGAUGCGGAAGAGGAAGAAAGUGGGGAUUUCUGUGACAGAGGAUGGAGCAGAAACGCGAGACGAGAGCAGGGCCACGAGUGGGGACGGGUCAGGGGCGUCCAGCGCGGGCACUCUAAGCCGGACUCUCCGCACGCCGCGGUACCGCCUCCUGGACCGCUCGCAGUCCAGGCAAAGCAGUGCAGCAUCGAGUAGUUCUGUGGCCGCAGCAUCACGAACCACGACGGCUCGCGGAACCACAGGUAUGGCACCAACUCAAGGCACCGGCGUCAAACAGACGCGCGCGACUACCGCGGGUGCCGCCACGCUCCGUCGGACUGCAAGCCAAACAGUGCGCCCUACUUCGGGGACGCAGCGCGGAACUUCGGAUACCUCCGCCUCCGGAUCAACCUCUGGACGAGCCACUCACCGGUACAUGGAGGCGACGGCCGCGUCUUUGUCUCGGAGAGCAGCAAUGCGAACCGCGUCUCGAUUCGUCCCUCCAGACGACGGAGAGACCGCGCAGAGCUCCUCGCUCGCGAACGUCUCGCUCUCAGAACAGCCCUCGGUUUCAGCGCAAGCCCCGAGUGUGGAGCUUGAGACGCUGAGCGCCACUCGCAGAGUUCUUUCUGAGCGGGGCGUGGACCAAGCUGUCGAGACACCGUCGGGAGUCAGGCCGACGUCUGGGUCAGGAACCGUUUCGGAGUCGCGCAGCUCCACCAUGAGCCGGUCGCGGACAACGGGCUUGUUCGGCUCCACUUCGGGAAGAGCUAUUUCUGAGAAUCGGCGCAUGAGCGGAGCUUUGACGGCGCGGCCAGCACUGUCAGGCGUUGAUGCCACAGAACGGGGGCCGCAAACGACGAUCCACCGAUCUACGCUGUCUUACGGCACCGACGAGGACUUGCCGCGCUCAGAUUCGAGCCGCGUCCCCAGUCGCAGCUCGCAUGCAACCGGGGUCUCGGGACUCACGUCGCGGGCGACGAUGGGGUCGUACUCGUUUGCCCGCGUCUCGAGGGGGUCUCUCGAGCAGCGCCGCGCCGCCUGUGCAGCCGCGGCUGCGAGACGUGCGGUUGCUGGGGCCUUGGAGACGGAGAACGUUCCUAGUUCAGACGGCCGGUUUGGGGCGACGUUUUCAGAAGGACCAGCGUCGGCUCGCGGAGAUCGAGAACAAGAGGCCCGACCGACUCCAGUGAGGUCGUCGCUCCGAAGCAGCUCUUUCCAGUCGCUGCCGGUCUCCUCCGUAGUAUCGCGAAGGUCGACCGGAGUCAUCGGGACGCAAGGCAGGGGAGUGACCAUUGCGACGGACAGCGGCGCGCGGCGUGUCAUGACACUCGGCGACUGCCAGAACAAUAGCGGCUCCACGAUAGCGACGGCUGGUCGCUCGUGCGGAGGCCGGCCACUGCCUCCGGUGCCCCUUCUACCUCUGUCAAGUCUCUCGCAGCGGUUGGGAGCGAGCAGCACUGCGCGAAUUCACUCUCGGACAUCGGCGGAGGAAGAGAGAGCGCGUCGCGAGCGGCUGGCUUGCACGCACCGCGACCGAUCCUCUGUGGGCUUGGCGGGUGUCUCUACAGCGCCGCCAAGCUCGGACGCCAGCGACACGGACGACCGCUGGUCUCGCGCCGCGUCAGCUCGGGACUCUCGGGUGUCGCGGACAACGUCGGUGCAAGAAAUCCGCCCUCAAGUCUUGCAUUCGGCGCGGUCGAGUGCUGGGAGCACAUGCUAUGGAGUGCCCGCACGAAGCAACACUGCGAGUUUCAUCAGACACGGGGAGACUCUCUCGGGAGAGAGUCGACGAGCUUUGGGCGCAAGGCGCGAGAGCCUGGCAAGCCGAUACUCGGUGGCUUCUGGCCGAGUGUUCUCGUCCGCGGAGAUCUCGUCCUCUGGCUGGGUGCCUACGUGGGGCCAGACACUCAUUGACAUGGGCCUCGUUCCGCCGCCAGGCACAAAUCGCAGCGUCUCUGUUCAGAGAGCGACUGGAAGGCACAGAGACGCUAGCAGGGAGGGUGUAUCGGAGGAGUCGAGUUUUGGAGCUACGGGGAGCGUUGGGACCGCGCAUGCGAUGAUAUCGCAUGCGUUCCCGAGAAGCAACAGUGUGAGCCUUCAGAGAAGCGGGUCGACUUCCUGGGCUGCUUCGGUCCAGGGAUCCUCUGCGUCCGCUGCGGGCCGAUCCUCCGAAGAUCUCAACGACUUCCGCUACCGGCUCCACACAGGGUUUCAUUCUUUCGGGUCCCACGGCUCGGGUCGCGUCUCUCAGGAACACUCGCGCGGAGACUCGCCGAUUGCACUGCCUUCCCUCGUUUCCCGCUCGACCACUGGAGAGGUGUAUAGACAGAGGGUCAGCAUGUCGCGGUCGCAAAUCGGCGCUUGGCCAUACUUCGCCUCCGCAGAAGACAGCGACAACCACGCCACAGGAAGGUCUCGACAGAGUGCGCAUGCAGGAGGCCGGGACCGCUCAUCGAGCGGUGCAAGACACCACGCGGAGGAUCGCUGGCAUGCGGCGAGGUCGGCUUCCACAGCUGCACCUGCAGACAGUCGCUACACUCGGUCGGAGUGGACUCGGCUCGGGUACGCAGGAGGAUACUACCGGGACGAAGGUGGAUCCUGGUCACAGCAGACGGCGGGAGUUUCCACACACAGACACCACAGCAACCGCCAACAAGAAGAUCUGGACAUUCAAGCUGUGGAAGCCUCUUACCAGAGAAUGGAGCAAGAGGAAGACGAACGACGCUCUCGGGUGUUGCAGAUCCUCAUCGACCUCCUGCCGACCAGCGCGUUCGACCAGUCGAGAAGCGCGAAUCUCUCGGAUGAGGCGAAACGGUGCAGCAUUUGCUUUGAAGAUUAUGAGCACGCGGACGAGCUACGCCGCCUGCCAUGUACUCACGUCUUCCAUAAGAACUGCAUAGAUGUGUGGCUGCGGCGCAGCUUUGUGUGUCCCAUCUGUAAACAUGACCUGCGCUCUUCUUUCGAGUAACGCUUCUCGUACAGUCCACGUCUCCAGGGAUUGACAUUUUAAACUCUAGUCCAUGUAGUAGAAAGGCACAAGACACGGACACGUUGUUCCCGCGGCAUGUUCUCGUAGCGCCGACGCCGGGUUCCGUCUAGGGACACUGCAUUCGUGGCGCUUCGCGUUUAAGCGCUGUUCAAGUAAAACAUCACAGGUCUGCACAUCAGCACUCGCUUAUGGCGCGAAACGUGUUGAGAUGUUUCCAAACGUUAGUGUUCGCUGAGAGGAAUUCACAUCCAGUUGUGGGCCUGAAGUGCAAGUACACCGGCAUCGCGGCCGACUUGGCUUUUUUUUUAAAGGACUCCUGUCCUACGUCGUGUUUGGUGACGCCGCCGUCUGCCUUGAUGCUCCAAGCGGUCUCCUUCGUUGCACAGACUCGGAGACUGCUAAGCACUCCUCGCUCCGCGUUUUUUAAAGAGGGAGAACGUUCCCGUUUUUUGAGGAGGCGGAUAUGUCCACGGCGUGUGUCAUUCUUUUAUUUUAGCGAAUCCCUUUCGGUUAUCUUUAUAGUACAGGUGAUAUCAAUGUAGGAAUUUGCGCUUUAACGGAAUAAUCCCUGAAGUACGAUCCCUGUGGAAUACACAGUUUGUAAGUCGUCCCCCGUCUCAAAGACACUUGAAACAUCCGUACUAAAAACAU